AAGUUUUAAACGCCGUUAAUACAAAAGUUUUAAACGCCUUUAAUCGCUCUUCUGACUGCGUUCGCUCUCUCAAGUUCAUCCUUGCGAUCAAUUACUCCGAAACCAAGCUUCUUCGAUUUCGUUUUAAUAUCUAUCCAAGCUUCUUCGAUUUCGUUUCUAAAUAAACCCUAAUAUCGGAGGGCUAGUUUUCACUCCCCUCAGAGCCGGCCGUGUAGAAGAAGACCGGCAAGAGAAUAUGAAUGCUCCGAUCAUAGAUCCAUUGCAAGGAGAUUUUCCUGAGGUGAUUGAAGAAUAUUUGGAGCAUGGUGUCAUCAAAUGUGUUGCUUUUAAUCACCGUGGUUCUCUUCUGGCAGCUGGAUGUGCGGAUGGGACCUGUGUAAUCUGGGAUUUCGAAACUAGAGGCAUUGCAAAGGAGAUUCGCGAUGAUGAUUGUUCUGCCGCGAUUACAAGUGUCUCCUGGUCAAAGUAUGGACACCGCUUGCUUGUUUCAGCUGCAGACAAGUCACUAACUCUUUGGGAUGUCCCAAGCGGAGAAAGGAUUGCUCGGACAACUCUUCAACAGACUCCUUUGCAUGCUCGCUUAAACCCUGGCUUAAGCUCACCUUCUCUUUGUCUCGCGUGUCCUCUCUCGUCUGCUCCGAUGAUUGUUGACUUUGACAUUGGCUGCACGACUUUGCUUCCUGUGUCUGUGCCUGAGAUGCCAGAUGUGUUGGCUCCUCCACAACGCAGCAAAUGUCCUGAAUCAGGUCCUCCUUUCUCUCCAGCUGCAGCUUGCUUUAAUAAGAAUGGUGAUCUCGUUUACAUAGGAAACUCCAAAGGAGAGAUACUUAUUAUAGAUUAUAAAAGUGUUCGAGUUCUUGCUUUGGUUCCUGUCUCUGGCGCAUCGCCGGUGAAAAACAUAGUGUUUAGCAGGAAUGGGCAGUAUCUUCUCACGAAUUCACACGACCGUACCAUUAGGAUAUAUGAGAAUCUUCUCCCGGCGAAAAACGUGCUUAGAUCACUCGAGGAUUUGGGUAAGAGCAUAGAUGGGCUUGAUGGUGUUGAGAAAUUGAAGACUGUUGGAUCGAAAUGCUUAAUGCUCUUCAGGGAGUUCCAAGAUUCGGUUACCAAAAUGCACUGGAAAGCUCCUUGUUUCAGUGGUGAUGGUGAGUGGGUUGUUGGUGGCUCUGCAUGCAAAGGAGAACAUAAGAUCUACAUAUGGGAUCGAGCGGGGCAUCUUGUGAAAAUAUUGGAAGGUCCAAAAGAAGCGUUGAUUGAUCUAGCGUGGCACCCUGUUCACCCUUUAAUCGUCUCUGUUUCCUUGGCUGGUCUAGUAUACAUUUGGGCAAAAGAUUACACAGAGAAUUGGAGCGCAUUUGCGCCUGAUUUCAAGGAGCUUGAGGAGAAUGAAGAGUAUGUGGAACGAGAAGAUGAAUUUGAUUUGAUACCUGAAACAGAAAAGGUGAAAGUAUCAAAUGUUAAUGAAGAUGAAGAAAUUGACAUAGAGACAGUGGAAAAGGAUGCUUUCAGUGAUUCAGAUGUGUCAGUGGAGGAACUCCGUUACCUUCCAGCUGAGCCGAUCCCGGAUACAAAUGAGCAACAAGACGAGAUAAAGUUAAUCGAAGCUCAGAUAUCUGCGUCUCCUGCUUCUGAAGAGGCUGGUCAGAAUGGACAUGGGGCAGACCAUGCUGCAAGUCCACUAGGAGAAGAAAUGGGUGAAACACGAGGAAAGAGAAAAAGGAAACCAUCAGAGAAAGGUAUGGAGUUACAGGCGGAAAAGGCAAAGCCAUUAAAAGCGUCAGGGAGAACUGUACGAACGAAAAGCAAAGCAGUAGUCGAUCAAGAUAUCGAUGUCAGUGUAAAUGGUGAUGACGAUGAUGAAUCUUAUUAUUAACGAAGCAAUGCUGUGUUCUUCUCUGCCGCGACACAGCUGUGUGCUGAAUUUAGUAGUUGGGUUAUGCACAUUAGGAAUUUAUGUAGUCAGGAUCCUAAAUGUAAGCGCGAAGCAGUUAUAAAGACAGCUUUUAAGCAUUUUGGAAACGGGAUCAAUGUAUACAAAAUCAGUUGAGACA